GCCGGACGUCAGAGGACGAACGUGUUUCACAUACUUCUGGUUUGUUGCUCUGAAACUCUGCGCGAUGCUUUUGGAUUAUUGUUAUUUUUCCAGAUUGAGUUUGCUCCUCAUUGUGUGGAUUUGAACUGGGACAGGGGUCAGAGGUCACCCGGACAUAUCCUCCUGAUUUAACCAUGAGCAUGUUCUCCUCUCGAGUGAGGGGUGCACAGAGGCUGCUGCAGUGCAGACACACAGCGGGGGGUCCUCCUUCAUCUGGAAGAGCCUUCUCCUCCAGGCUGGUGCUGGGCAUUGAGACGAGCUGUGAUGACACCGGAGCGGCUGUUCUGGAUGAGACCGGUUCGAUCCUGGGAGAGUCUCUCCAUUCACAGAAAGAGGUUCAUCUGAGGGCUGGAGGCAUCAUCCCCACCGUGGCACAGCACCUCCACAGGGAGAACAUCCAGCGUGUGGUCCAGGAGGCUCUGGAGAGAAGUGGAGUUCACCCGAGCCAGCUGGCGGCCGUGGCCACCACGGUGAAGCCGGGCCUGGCCCUGAGCCUGGGCAUCGGCCUCGAGUUCAGUCAGAGGUUUGUGCGGCAACACAACAAACCGUUCAUCCCCAUCCACCACAUGGAAGCCCACGCCCUCACUGUCAGGAUGCUCCAUCCCGUGGCCUUCCCCUUCCUGGUGCUGCUCGUCUCCGGUGGCCACUCACUUCUCUCCGUGGCCCGAGGGGUGGACGACUUCCUGCUCCUGGGUCACACGCUGGACGAAGCUCCAGGGGAUAUACUGGACAAAGUGGCGAGACGCUUGUCCCUCAUCAAACACCCACAGUGCUCCACCCUGAGUGGAGGACAGGCCAUCGAGCUGCUUGCAAAGAAUGGGGACAGGAGGAGGUUCCCUUUCAGGACACCCAUGGGUCAAACUCAUGACUGCUGCUUCUCUUUUGCCGGACUACGGAAUCAAGUCACAAUGACGAUACUAAAGAAAGAGAAAGAGGAAGGAGUAGAACAGGGGUCACUGCUGUCGUGUGUGAACGACCUCGCAGCCGCCACGCAGCACACGGUCGCCUCUCAUCUCGCAAAGCGAACACAUCGGGCCAUCUUGUUCUGCAAGGACAACGGCCUGCUGCCAUCAAGCACUCCAACUUUAGUGCUGUCUGGAGGAGUUGCAAGCAACCAGUAUAUCCGUAAGGCUCUGACCAUCAUCACUGAGACCACAGGACUGCGCCUGCUCUGUCCUCCGGCCAAAUUCUGCACCGACAACGGAGUGAUGAUUGCGUGGAACGGUGUUGAACGUCUGAGGGAAAGCAAAGGAGUACUGCCUCCACAUGUGGACGUCCGCUACGAGCCCAGGGCGCCGCUGGGAGUCGAUAUGUCAGCGGAGGUGAGGGCAGCGGGGAUCAAGCUGCCGUCCGUCAAACUCAAGAUCCUCAACUGACAAGACUGUUGUUUUUGUCCUGUACAAACAAUACGUUUCUAACACCUGGAUUUACCCCCAGCUCAAAGUAUAUACUGUGUAUAUUUUGUAUAUGUAUAUACAGCACACAGAUAUUUAUUAAUAAAUGUGGUGUUGUACAUCUCAGAUCUUUAAAAUCAAAUUCAUCAAAGUUCAUCUUUUGUUGUUUCUUUUAUCGUGUUUAAUGACACAUCAUCAAAACGUGCAGAACUGACUGGCUCCCUGUCUGUGAGUCACUGCCUUGUGUAUUAAAUCCAUUUAGAGUUCUUCCUAAAACAUAAAUCUAUUUCAUUUUUGUUUUUUUCUGAAAGAUUAGAGACAUUGAAAUUGCUGGUGGUUCUCUUCUAUCAUCGUUCAGUCGUGCAACAACAGAGACAUUCAGAUUUAUCACAUUGUGGAUUAAUCCUCAUCUCGGAGUAAAAUCACAAAAGUCUAACACUGGAAAGUUUAAAAACAAAUCUGGAGCUUUAGACACAUGAGACUGACCUAUGAAAAAUGGUUUCUCAUAGUCUUAUGUUUUUGCUCUGAUGGAAAAUGUGUAUCAUAGUCAUCAUGUUGUAGAUCAUGUGAAGUUUAUGAGUCAGCAUGACUGUACUACAGCUGAUAAUAAUGAAACUGGACUAGAUUUAUUAUUUAAAUAUGGGCUCCACAGUCUGAAUGUGUUUUAACAGCAUUUGAAUACA